AUGUUCCAUAACUUCCUUGUUACAACAGAACACAGAGAUUUUCUUAGAUUCCUCUGGCACGAGGACAAUGACAUUUCUAAACCUUUAAUAGACUAUCAUAUGAAUGUUCAUGUUUUUGGGAACAGCCCAUCCCCAGCAGUAGCCACCUACGGGCUACGCAAGGCAGUCGAGAAAGCAGAGACAGAUGUCCAGGACUUUAUUUACAGGAAUUUCUAUGUUGAUGAUGGUUUGAUUUCCUGCCGUACAUCUGAAGAAGCUGUUGAUCUGCUUGUUCGGACACAACGCAUCUUGCAUGAUAAUGGGAAACUUAGGUUGCACAAGUUUUCAUCCAAUAACAGGGAGGUGUUGGACUCAUUCCCACAAAGUGAGCUAGCCAAGGAUCUCUGCAACCUUGAUCUUUGUAACGACACAUUACCAAUGCAUAGAAGUUUAGGACUCUCUUGGGACAUUGAAACUGAUCGAUUCACGUUUUGUACAUGUAAAGACAAGAAGCCAUUCACCAGACGUGGAAUAUUGUCUGUGAUAAAUGGACUUUACGACCCAUUGGGCUUCGCAGUCCCAGUCGUUCUGAAAGGCAAACUUCUGAUGAAAGAAAUCCUGUCCAGUACAAACUCUCUAGAUUGGGAUGACCCAGUUCCUGAGUUGUUUAAAAAACCCUGGGAUGUGUGGGUACAAUCCCUAACUGAACUAGAACAAGUGUGUAUUCCUAGGCAGUACUCAGAUCACUCAUAUACAGAUUCCAAUGUUCGUCUCGUGCAUGUUUUCUGUGAUGCAUCUAAAGAUGCAAUCGGUGCUGUUGCAUAUCUGCAACUCUUCAGACCUGCUGGCCCAGAGCCCACUCUCAGUUUUCUACUUGGAAAGGGAAAACUUGCACCUAAUGGUGGCAGCACCAUUCCUCGGAUGGAACUGUGUGCUGCAGUUCUUGGAGUCGAAGUUGCAGACAUAAUCAAAGAACAACUAGGUAUUCCAUCAGAAUGUUUUCGAUUCUACACAGACAGCCAGAUUGUCUUGGGUUAUUUGACAAACACUACACGCAGAUUUUAUGUUUAUGUGUCAAACAGAGUGAAACGCAUUCAUUCAGCUUCAUCCCCAAGACAAUGGACACAUGUUGCCACAGAGCAGAAUCCAGCUGAUCUAGCAACAAGAUCAGUAAGUGCUACUCAACUUUCAAACAGUAUGUGGUUGACUGGACCUCCAUGUGAGAUAUUGACUAAAACAUUGCCAGAACCACUCUCAUGUUUUCCGUUAGUGGAACCACAAAAUGAUUGUGAGAUUAGACCUGAAGUUACAUGCAUCAAAGUUCAGAUGGAUGAUGUGAAACCUGUUAAUCACAAGAUCGGGUCAGAGAGAUUCUUAAGGUUCUCAACAUGGGAAUCUCUUGUUCGAGGAAUCAAGAUCCUGAAGCAGUUCAUAUAUACAUUUUUGAAACAAAGUGACAUUGACUCUAGUGAAGCAUAUUAACAAGCAGAACUUUUUGUGAUACAGACAUGCCAAGGAGAAGCAUAUGGUGACACCAUAAGAUGCAAAAAAAAAUGGACGCCCCCUGCCAAAUUGACAUUCACUAAUUGCCUUAUCACCAUUCAUCGACCAACAUGGUGUGCUCCGUGUGGGAGGUAGACUCGACAAAGGGCAGAAGUUCAGGCAAGGAGACGGCGAUCAUCACCCUGUGAUUAUGCCCAAGAACCAUUAUGUCACCAGACUACUUGUGCGCAAAUUCCAUCACCAAGUGUUACAUCAGGGACGACUGCUGACAGAAGGUGCACUGCGUUCCGGUGGAUUCUGGGUAGUUGGUGCCAAAAAUCUCAUAAGAUCUGAGAUCAAGUCCUGUGUCACAUGUCGCAAGUUAAGAGGAAGUUUUGGAUGGCAGAAAAUGGCUGAUCUACCUGAGGAUAGAAUGCAGCCAGCUCCACCUUUCUCUUAUGUAGGUGUGGACACCUUCGGACCUUGGCUUACCACGCAACGACGGACCAGAGGGGGAACUGUGAAUCAGAAGAGAUGGGCUCUGAUGUUUACAUGUCUUGUAUCACGAGCAGUUCAUUUGGAAGCAUUUGAAGAGUUGUCCACCACUUCAUUUAUCAAUGCGUUACGCAGGUUUAUUGUGUUGAGAGGUCCUGUUAUACAGUUUAGGUCAGAUCGCGGUACAAAUUUCACUGGAGCCGUGCAUGAACUGAACAUUCCUUCUGAUCUGGUGGAAGACCCGAUAUCUAAAAGGUAUCUUGAAGAAAACAAGGUUACAUGGAUAUUCAAUCCUCCCCAUGCCUCUCACUUUGGUGGGGCAUGGGAACGGAUGAUAGGUGCUUCAAGGAAGAUCUUGGACAGCUUACUGUUGAAUCAUAAGGGACCUUAAACACAUGAAGUUUUGACUACCUUUUUGAUGGAAGUUAGUGCUAUCCUGAAUGCUAGACCACUUGUCGCAGUAUCAACUGACCCAGAUGCACCACAGGUACUUUCACCUGAUAUGUUAAUUCAUCAAAAAACCGUACAUACGUCACAGUUGGACAUUCCGGUGUUUGGGACUAAGGACGCCCUCAGGAGUUCCUGGAAGCAGGUGCAAUAUUUGGCGGAUCAGUUUUGGCAAAGAUGGCGCAUAGAGUACAUGCAAAGCUUACAGAUUCGUCAGAAAUGGUUGUCAGAAGGUAGACAGUUCCAGAAAAAAUAAUGUAGUUCUUAUGCGUGACGAUUCGUUACCCAUUGAAGUCUCAUUGAAGUUGGCUGAGAAUUUAAAUGUCUCACCUUUCUUUGUUUGGUUAAGUCAUUGUGGAUUAUUGCUUGAUCUUUAAUCUUGUGUCAAGUUGUAUUCAUAUGUCGAUACUUGUACAUGCAUAUCAAUUCUAUGUUGCAUCAUUUGUAUACACUUUGGUGUUGUUAGGUAUAGCAUACCUUAUUUGAAAUGUAACACUAUUUUUUAUUUUAAAUUUGACUUCUUCGAAGCCAGAGGGGGAGUGUAGUGGCGCCGGAAUUUAUUCCGGAUUUGGUUCGGUUAUUAGAUUGUUUACAGUUUGAUCCGGCAUAGGCCAUGCUUGUUUUUAUAGCAAAAGUUGAUUUGUGUUUUGGUGUUUGUGCCCCGAAAGAUUUCCACCCUCGGUGAGAGAGGUUUGUGAGCACUGAGCUGACCAAUAAACAUUUUCUCAAAUUU